AUGUCUACUUCUGCAAGUAUUUCUGUUGGAGAAAAAGGUUCUCUUCCUACAAUUGAUGAAAUAAAAAGCUGGACAGGGCCAGAGAAGACAAUUGAAUUUUUGAGGGGGCAAGACUUAAAGCUUGAGGAGAGUGAUUUCGAUAUUUUUAGUAGUCAAGCUGUUGAUG